CAGGGGCUGAGUUGCUGGGGUGGAGGAGAGAACCACAGUCCCAGCCUUGCACACUUCCAUGGGGCCGGCCAAGCCCCCAAGAGAAUGGCAGCCUGGGUGUCUGAGCCAGCACCUGGGCAGCCUGUGAGCACAGGGUGAAGCCUGAGCGCUCGAAUGGCCAACGCCACAGGGCUGAACGCACCAGAAGUCGCAGCCUCGAUGGGGUUGAUCCUGGCGGCUGUCGUGGAGGCGGCAGCACUGCUGGGCAACGGCGCACUGCUGGUUGUCGUGCUGCGCACGCCGGGACUACGCGACGCGCUCUACCUCGUGCACCUGUGCGUAGUGGACCUGCUGGCUGCCGGCUCCAUCAUGCCGCUGGGCCUGCUGGCCGCUCCGCCGCCGGGGCUGGGCCGCGUGCGCCUGGGCCCCGCGCCCUGCCGCGCGGCACGCUUCCUCUCGGCGGCGCUGCUGCCCGCCUGUACGCUCGGCGUGGCGGCGCUCGGCCUGGCGCGCUACCGCCUCAUAGUGCACCCGCUGCGGCCCGGCGCGCGGCCUCCGCCCACCCUCGUGCUCACCGCCGUGUGGGCGGCGGCGGGGCUGCUGGGCGCGCUCUCCUUGCUCGGGCCGCCGCCCGCACCGCCCCCUGCCCCGGCUCGCUGCUCUGUCCUGGCAGGGGGCCUCGAGCCCUUUCGGCCGCUCUGGGCGCUGCUGGCCUUCGCGCUGCCCGCCCUCCUGCUGCUCGGAGCGUACGGCGGCAUCUUCCUCGUGGCGCGCCGCGCUGCCCUGCGGCCCCCGCGGCCCGCGCGCGGGUCCCGGCCGCGCUCCGACUCUCUGGACAGCCGCCUCUCCAUUUUGCCGCCCCUUCGGCCUCGCCCGCCCUGGGGCAAAGCAGCCCUGGCCCCGGCGCUGGCCGUGGGCCAGUUCGCAGCCUGCUGGCUGCCUUACGGCUGUGCGUGCUUCGCGCCCGCUGCCCAGGCCGCCGCGGCCGAGGCGGCCGUCACCUGGGUAGCCUACUCGGCCUUCGCGGCUCACCCCUUCCUGUACGGCCUGCUGCAGCGCCCUGUACGCCGGACGCUGGGCCGUCUCGCCCGACGAGCGCUACCCCGGCCCCCGCGGGCCUGCACUUCGCGGGCCUGGCACCCGCGGGCCCUCCUGCAGCACCUCCAUAGACCUCCAGAGGGCCCUGUCCUAGGCCCUUCUGAGGCACCAGAACAAGCCCGCGAUUUGGCAGGAAGGGAGAGCCUGAGCAUGCCAGAGGCCACGUGAGAGAUGUCUCCCAAGGUGAGCCGGGACUGGAGAAAGCAGGGUGGUAUCACAAAGGGCCCAUCCAGCCUCCAGCACAGCUUAUGGCAGGUAGCCUGCCUGCACUUCUGGCUCUGGAAUGGGAGAAAGGGGACCUGCAGCCAAGUGAGGCCCAGAGGCUUCUGGGAGCUAGGAAUCCUGAGUUCUGGGCCCAACUCUGCAUGGCCUUGUACACAGACCUACCCUUCACUAGGUAUCAGUUUUCCCAUCUGUACCCUGGACCAUCUCUAAGGGCUUCUCCAGCUUGGGUGAUCUGGACACUCAUGGGUGAUCCCCAGGCCAAGGAAGAAGCAGAGGUGGGCAGGAUCACAGAAGGCCCUAAUGGCUCACAGCCAAAGGGAAUGGGCCAAGUAGGGCAGGGUCUGGGUUACAGCCACAGCAGGAGGAACCAGUGAAGGGACAUUCAGAAAGACCUCCUGCACAUCUGCACCAAGGAGAGGCUGGACAAAACUACUGGAACUCCUCCAUCAGCUUCUAAAAAUGUCCAGAAAACAACUGGAUCGCUUUGGUGCCAGAGGCAGGAGGCUGGACAACAUGACCCCCCAAAGAGCCCUGAAGCCCCAGAACUGGCAUGUGGAAGGGGCCGAGGCCCAGCUGGGGCUGAUGGAGUCACAGAUGGGGGUCCUCUGGGGUCUCAGCUACACCCGUUUUCUGGAGGUUUUGCCAAUACCCACAGUGUUUCACAGCUUCCUGGUCUCUCAGAAUAUUUAUUCAAAAACAGGAAUUGAAAAAACUGUA